CCGGUGCCUUCCCCGGUCCGGCCAUGGCGUUCCCGAGGCCGCGGCCCGCCCGCCCCGAGCUGCCCCGGCAGCGGGUGCGGACCCUGCAGUGCGGGCAGGGAGCGGUGCGGGCCGCCCGCUUCAACGCCGACGGGAACUAUUGCCUGACGUGCGGCAGCGACAAGACCCUCAAGCUCUGGAACCCCCACAAGGGCACAGCCCUUCGCACCUACCAGGGCCACGGCUACGAGGUGCUGGACGCCGCGGGGUCCUUUGACAACAGCCAGCUCUGCUCCGGCGGCGCCGACAAGGCCGUGGCCCUCUGGGAUGUGACCACCGGGCAGGUGGUCCGCAAGUACCGGGGGCACGCAGGGAAGGUCAACUGCGUCCAGUUCAAUGAGGAGGCCACUGUCAUUGUGUCUGGCUCCAUCGACUCCACAGUGCGGUGCUGGGACUGCCGCUCCCGCCGCCCCGACCCCGUGCAGGUCCUGGACGAGGCCAAGGACGGCAUCUCCAGCGUGAAGCUCUCGGCCUACGAGAUCCUCUCGGGCUCUGUAGAUGGACGUGUCCGGCGCUACGACCUUCGGGCAGGGCAGCUCUACUCUGACUACAUUGGGAGCCCCAUCACCAGCGUGUGCUUCACCAAGGAUGGGCAGUGUGUGCUGGUUGCCAGCCUGGACUCCACCUUGAGGCUGCUGGACAAGGACACCGGGGAGCUGCUGGGCGAGUACACAGGGCACCGCAGCACCACAUACAGGCUGGACUGUGUCCUGAGUGAGCAGGACACACACGUGGGCUGCGCCUCUGAGGACGGCCACAUCUACUUCUGGGACCUGGUGGAGGGCUCAUUGGUGCUCAGCCUGCCCGUGGGCACAGGGGUAGUGCAGUCCUUGGCCUUCCACCCACGCCUGCCCUGUGUGCUCGCGGCCACCCAGGGUCAGGUGACGCUGUGGAGGGAGGAGACCUUCCAACCAGAGGGAGAUCCCGACACCUGACAGGGCUGGGGGGGGUGGUGUUCGAGGGGCUGAGGACCCCCCUGGGCUCCCCUGGAAUGAGGAAUAAACUCCCUUUGAGUGGA